CCGAGAGAAACACGACUGUUGAUCUCCCGGUGAUUAUCCAGACUACAGUCACAGCUCGGAGGGCUGGAGGAGCCAUUCAUCUUGACAUGACUCUUAGAGAAAAGUACUUGCGACAACAACAGGUGUGAGCCUUGGUUUACUAGUUUCUGUGUAACGCAAACACAACUACUUGAAUCAGCUUCCUUGUGAGCUCCAGACUUUUUGAGAAAUCUGCCAUAGCCAUGAGUGGGAAAGGAUGUCAGCUCCUGGUGUCCCCUUGCAAUGCAUCCCCAUCACUAAGUAUGAUCAGAGGACACCAAUCCCAGUCCAUCAGGAUGCCUGUGUCCUCUUCUCAGCAGAGCAACCUUAGUUCUUCCUCUGGGAGAAUGCAGAAAGUGAAAAGAGGGACCGUCCAUUCCUUAUCCUCUGGGAAACAGUGCGAAAGUCAUGUUGUGCUGCCAAACCUGAGCCUCCACAGACAGGUGUUGACCAAUGGAAAACAACCAACCAUGCCGAGUGGAUCCCCGCACCAGCAACCACCUACUCAGCAUCCUAAAAACACAACAGUGACAACUACCAUACAGACAAGACUGUCUAACAGCUUUAAAGAUUGCUUUCUGUCUGGGCCCACCAUGGAUGUAUUUGGUCAAGCAGCUGCUGCUAAUGUAACAGUGACCAGCAGUCCCAUGACGGCUGUCAAAGGCCAGCCAUACACUGCAGGGCCCGUAGUGCCUCAUCCGCCUUCACAGCCUCAUAGUGUGCCAGUUCCCCACUCUGACACCAGGUCCUUACUGUCCAGAGAAUCCCUGGCAUCCACUACCCUCAGUCUGUUUGAAACACAGUCAAUGUUUAGUGGCAGACAUGACUGGCCAUAUGGUUACCGUGUGCUUCCUCCUCUGGGACUACCUCAGUGCUCUGCUCAAGCCAACGAGGCCGGCGAGCAGCUCAGUCUGUCCCCUGGCACGGCCAUGUCGGGCACGACCAUAUCUGGCGGCACAAGCACUUCUGCCUCCUUGCCCUCAUACCUCUUUGCAGGUGAGGUUGGAAGCCCCAGACAGACUCGUGCUAAGAAGAGAGCACUCUCCAUGUCGCCUUUGUCAGAUGUCAUGGGUAUCGACUUUAACUCCAUUAUACGCACCUCACCUACCUCACUUGUAGCGUAUAUCAAUGGUUCCCAUACCUCUCCAGCAUCCCACCCCACACUCUCACCUGUUCAGUCUGACAGUUACGGGCAUUUCCUGGGGGUGAGAGGCCGCUGCAUCCCUCAGAGCCAUCUGUACAGCAUGGCAGGUUCUUCACAACCUCUGGCCCCACAGGCAGAGUGUGGAAAUAUGCAGAUGCUAGAAGCGGGAAGGAGCCUGGAAAUCCAGAUGGCUAACAUGGUGGUGGAACAGCAGUGCCUCCCAGAUGAAGAAGGGGUGCUGGAGAAGACCUCAGACAGCUGCAGCCAAGCCACCAACAAAAUACUGCUACCUCUACAGUUAGAGCCAUCUCUGCUGACUGCUAUCCCAGAACCUGGGCCUCCACAUGGGCCUCCACCACCCUACCACUCACACCAGCACAUUCACCUCUCCAGAAAUCAAUGCAAAAAAAAGCCCCUUACUCAGGACCCCGUCACACAGGGUCUCGUUCCAACGGUUCACCCUAGGCAUGGGGUCAGUUUUUUACCCCAGAUCCCAAUGCUGGAGGAAGAAGAAGGAGAACUGGAAGAGUAUGGGGCUCACUGCUGCAGGUGGUUACGCUGCAGUGCAGUUUAUGACCAAAAGGAGGAGUUGGUAAGGCACAUAGAAAAGCUACAUGUGGACCAGCGGAAGGCUGAGGAUUUCACAUGUUACUGGGCGGGCUGUCCACGCAACUUCAAGCCGUUCAAUGCACGAUACAAGCUUCUUAUCCACAUGAGGGUCCAUUCAGGAGAAAAACCCAACAAAUGCUCGUUUGAAGGCUGCAACAAGGCUUUCUCUCGGCUAGAAAAUCUGAAGAUCCACCUGCGUAGCCACACGGGGGAGAAACCUUAUCUUUGUCAGCACCCAGGUUGUCACAAGGCUUUCAGCAACUCAAGUGACAGAGCUAAACACCAGCGGACCCACCUGGACACCAAGCCAUAUGCUUGCCAGGUGCCUGGCUGUGCGAAGCGUUACACUGAUCCCAGCUCCUUAAGGAAACACAUGAAGUCCCAUUCUACUAAAGAGCGACACUUACGAAAGAAGAUAAAAUCUGAUGCUGAUGUGACCCAGGACACCCUGACAGACUGUUUAACCAUCCAUCCUCUGCAGCCAAGCCUCUCUCCUCUGGCAAGGCUAGACAACAACUUGAACCCAUCACCUGGUGCCUCCCAUGAGUCAUACUCUGCUGCUCCACAGGGAGAAGACUCCUGCAGCAAUCCUCACCUGGGUCUGUUGUUCUCCUUACAGGAUAAUUACAGGUUUGUUGAUCCUUCCCCUUGCCAGCAUUUUCCUGGGGACCAGUGUGGACCUAGUUCCUCCACCUGCCUCCCACAUCCUCCCAGUGGGACAUCCCUGCAGAACAACUGUGAUUUGAAGCAGGUUAGCCAGCCUCCUGACAUGGCAGAUCACAGCCCAGGAUUUGGGGUCCACCUUCAAGCACAAGAUUUAGCUUCUAAUCGAGAAUUACAUGGAGGGGAUUUCUUCAGUGUGAUGGACCAAUGCACAAAUCAAAUCUCUGGCAUCUAUACGGAGGGCUGAUCAGAUUCACUUGUUGCUUCCUUUCCUUUUUGAACUCCUCUGUGUUUAGGGGAAGAACACAUGCAUAACAGUGAAACCUGGAGACAGCUUUCUUUUAGCAAAUGAAAAGAAGAUUUGAUGGUAAAACAGCUCUCUGAGUUCAGUCAAAUCGAGGAAUUGACUCUUAUACCCAACUGCGACUAAAUUCCUGUAAAUGUACUGUCUGACUCACCACCCUGGCUUCUGCUCCCAAUAAUCGAUGUAUAGUAAUGCCUGUGCCUUGAGGAUUUUCAUGCUUAACUAAUUCUUCACUUUUAAUACAGUUUGUGUAUAACAAGUAAUAAGCACUUCCAGUAGUUUAUGUAUUUUGUACAAUAUUGAACACUGCAAUUAAAGUAUGCAAGGGACAAUUUCUUAAGGUUAUUUCUUAGAAUCAUGGCUGCGUAACAAUGUAACAAGAAACCCUUACUGUUUCACUUUAAUGUUUAUGAUCUGUUGUUUGAAUGUAGUAAUCUGCUAUGAGUGUUUCUGUGCCUAGAUCAUGAGGCACAUUUAUG